UGCAGCAGCAUCAGCACCAGAGCAGCCGAGAGCAGCCGCUGCGUCCUCCCCGCCGAGCAUCUCCCGCUGCCCCCGCCGCCCGGUGCUGUGGUCUGCCCCCUCCCCCCCUGCGGCUCCGCGGUCCCCGGACUCCCGUGUAUCCCGCACCGUCCCCGGCAUCACCCCCCCCCCCCCCCGGACUCUGCAGCAGAGGGGGGAGCAGCCUGACAGGAGAGGACUCGUCACAUCUCAUCCCCGCAGGAAGGAAGAAGCAUGAAGGACCGGACCCAGGAGCUGAGGAGUGCUAAAGAUAGCGAUGACGAUGAGGAGAUCGUACACGUGGACCGGGACCACUUUAUGGACGAAUUCUUCGAGCAGGUGGAGGAGAUCCGGGGAUGCAUCGAGAAGCUCUCAGAGGAUGUGGAACAAGUGAAGAAACAGCAUAGCGCCAUUUUGGCAGCACCCAACCCUGAUGAGAAAACCAAGCAAGAGCUGGAGGAUCUCACGGCCGACAUCAAGAAAACGGCCAACAAAGUGCGCUCCAAGUUGAAAGCCAUCGAGCAGAGCAUCGAACAGGAAGAGGGAAUGAACCGCUCCUCAGCCGACCUGCGCAUCCGGAAAACACAGCAUUCUACUCUGUCCCGUAAAUUUGUGGAAGUGAUGACAGAAUACAACGCAACGCAAUCUAAAUACAGAGACCGCUGCAAGGACCGUAUCCAGCGACAGCUGGAGAUCACUGGAAGAACCACAACCAACGAGGAGCUGGAAGACAUGCUGGAGAGCGGGAAGCUGGCCAUAUUCACAGAUGAUAUCAAGAUGGACUCUCAGAUGACCAAACAAGCCCUGAACGAGAUCGAAACACGACACAAUGAGAUCAUCAAGUUGGAGACCAGCAUCCGGGAGCUGCAUGACAUGUUUGUAGACAUGGCUAUGCUGGUGGAGAGCCAGGGGGAGAUGAUAGAUCGCAUUGAGUAUAAUGUGGAGCACUCUGUGGACUAUGUGGAGCGAGCAGUGUCUGAUACCAAGAAAGCUGUGAAAUAUCAGAGCAAAGCACGGAGGAAGAAGAUUAUGAUCAUAAUCUGUUGUGUGGUGCUGGGUGUCGUUCUCGCCUCCUCUAUCGGGGGGACAUUGGGUUUCUGAAAUAAUAAACAAAUGCACAAAGCAGAGUAAAAAGGAAAGAUAAAGAAAAUAGUGAAUUACAAAAAGAAACAAACAAAAAAACAAAAAGAGAUACAAUAUUAACGUACACGAUAAGUAUUGGAAUUUACGCACAGAUCAGGAAGCUGUGAGUGCGGCCGACCCGUUUUCGCCUCUGUGGGUUUCACUCAGGAGUUAGGUUACCAUCAGCUAAUUCAGUCUUACGGGGGCGCGUAUUUCUGGAGUCACUCUACCCCUCAGCAGUGUUAACUGACGUCAACCUAAAGCCAAAUUAUAACCUGUCACCCACAGGAGUUGGGGGGCGAAAAAAAGGGCCAAAAAUUCCCGGAUUUCUUUUUCCUCCUCUGUGUCUGUUUCCCGUUUUUUGUUUUAUUUUAUUUUUUUGUCAUUUUUAUUCUUUGUUAUCCUGUCUGUCAAAAACAAACAAAAAAAACGUACUUGUAUUUGACGUUGCUGGACGUGUUGCAUGGGGACCCCUGAACGUGUGGAGAGUGGACAGAGGGGUCCGACCUGGCGCUUUGAAUUGUCCGUUUUCUCUUGACCGGUGGCUGAGUGUGUUUGUCUGUCUUUGUGUGUUAUGCUCAUAUCUCUUCUGUCUUAUCGAUCAAGUGGUGAUGUAUGAGUGGGGGGGGGCUAGGUGGCGGUGUCGAAGGGGGCAGGUGGGGCACGUGAGCUGUGAGUCGUGCUUCCAUCUUGGGAAGUCAGUGUCCUCUAGUUGAUGGUCGCUGACUGGGGAAAAGGCUGGAUACUACGUGAAUAGCAUCCUGAGGUGACACACCGCGUGGCUGAGCUCCGAAUAAACUAUGUUGUACUUGUGUAUUCUGCAGCCGUAGCAAUAGGCAGGGGAAGCAUCGCCGCAUCUUCUUUCCUAAUAAGACGAGGAGAUCUGCCUCUCGUCCUUCAUCUCAUCCUUCAUAACCAUCCUCGGUGCGGGAAAUCCUCCCAUUUACCUGCGCAGCUGCGAAUCAUCCCUAUCCCAGGGAUCUCCAUGUUGCGUCCGUCCCAGCAGCAGCCGCCAGCCAUGUAUAUUAGAAUGGCUUUGUCUGCUUCCUCUAUAUACUCGUAUAUAUAUAUAUCCCUUGCCCCCUAUAUAACAACCCCCAUUUUUAGGAUUUUCUAGUUUGCUCCUGUAUGAAUCAGUAUUCGGGCCAUCCUGUAUGGAUUCCCGGAAUAGUUUACAUACACCGCGAGGAGCUCGGGCAGCGUCUGAUACUACAAAGUCUGUCCCAACAAAUAGAUUGGCGGGCUAUGGCACUGCUCUACGGGCAAAGCUUUGAACCCCCCUUGAGAUAUGCAAGAAACAAUCGUCUUCGAUUUUCGUACAAUCCGAUCAUUCGUCGCUUUCCUAAUUCAUCCUAAUUAUUCUGGGGGAAAAAAAAACAGUUUGUUCCUGUUUUCACUGUGUUCAGCGAUAUCUCCAAUUUUUCCUUCCACUGACCCUCCACUAGUGUAUGUUACACCCCCUCCCCGGCCCUGUAAGCAGCAAAAAAAACAAAAAAUGAACAGGCAGCGCGAGUGCGUGUAAGAUACUCAUCCCGUCAUACAGCAAUAAAGUACUCUGACCUCACAGCUGUUCUGUCCGGGGCAUCAAAGAAAAAAGAGGAUUGUGGUGCGCCGGUCAGGGCUCGAGUGAUGUAAAUUUUUUAUUUAAUAAUUAAGAUUUUAUUUUUUUUUAAUGACCCGACGCUUGUUGUGCACACAAACAUAUAGUGUAGAUGUCCGUCACCUGUGUUGAGGUUAUAGCACAGAGACAUGUAGUGGGUGGGGGGGGGGGGGGCUACAAUGAGCAAGAUCUACUUUACGGCACUCGUCACAUAUCGUUUCCCCGUUCCCGAGUGGUACAAACUUUAAUGCAGAUAUUACAAUGAAAUGUCAGCAGCACACACAGCCCCUUUCAGCGCUCUUCCUCCGUUCCGUCUGUUCGUCUACUCCGUCGCCUUUUGCAUGAAUCGAGCCCCCCCGUCUCUUGUGGAUAUUACAAGUCUUUUUUGUCCCGAUUACAAAAUAAAAAAAAAAUAAAGUAAAAUUAAACCUUUUCACUAGUAGGAGAGGAGAAAGGGACAGGCUAAGCCUCUCCUGUGCAUGCAAGAACCGCAACAGCUCCGGCCAAGAACUUAACCGGGGCGGCCAUUUUGAACUCAAAAAACCUCAGCGUGUUGUGUUCGGACCGUGACUUCUCAAAUGUAGUUAGCCGAUAGUUUUUUUUCAAAAUUUUUCUUUAUAUAUCCGCUAGAGGGUAGCCAGCCCAUCCGCUGCUCCCGCCUGUCCGCCAUCAUCAGCCAUCAUGAGUAGCUUAGGUCACAAAUUAAAAUGGCUGCCCCAGCAGACGAAGAGGGUUUCUUUACUGUAUCUAUGCAGAUUUCAUUGUUUUUGGGGUGUUUUUUUUUGUUUUGUUUUUUACACACCACAGUGACAUGUGGUCCGUCCUGCCUUCAGCUUUAAUAUUGAAUUAUUUCAUAUAAAUAAAUAUAUAGAGAUUUAAAUUAAAAAUAUAUAUAUAUAUAUUAAAUCUAAGGAAACAAGCAAUUCAGUCUCAUGUCAGGGAUGUGUCAGAGAAUCGUCUGAUGUCUACCGUGGCAACUGAAUUAUUAUUAUUCGUUUUUUAUUUUUAUUUUUUUUAAGGGGACCUCUAGAUCUAGCUGGGGGGUAAGUUAACGUCCUCUUGUGUGUGGUAUAUGGAUUUUAUUUUUAUUUUUUUAAUAUGCAGAUCACAACCGAACUUGUUCCUCUCCUUACAAAGCCUUAUAUAUUUAUUUUUCUUUAUUUUUAUCAUUUUUAUUUAUUUUUUUAUUGUAAUUUUUUUUUGUUACCAGUGUCUUCUAUCGGGGGUGCUCGGCGCCGGCCGUGUUCCCUCCUUCUUUAGUAUAGGUUAAUUGGAGAACAGAGGUGAUGAAUGUGUAUUUACUAUGAUGUGUUUGGAGAACACAGAAGCAUGUUCAAAUAAGAGUGUCCAGUAGAGAAGCAAGUUUCAAAAUGGCCGCCCUCAGCAGCCAUAUUGUAUGAACGUCUCUGGUCCCAUUGUGUGUGUUGUGCCCUUGGAUCUCUGGGUGUCUUAAUUGGCUUUUUUCGUCUUUGGAUUUGCUGUAAAUGUUUUUUCUCCGUUAGCGGCCUUGAAAUUUGCAUGUUUGUUUCAUUUUAUUGAGCGUCUCUGGUCGCGAGGAUCAUCGAAAAUUGCAAUGAGUAUUAAGGAGGGGAUCGCGCAGAGAGGGAGCGGCAGAGCCCAGGGUGGGAGGAAGGGAGGGGUUCAGUGUUUCAUGACAAGAGCUGGGGUGUAUGUUGGGCUGUCUACCCAUGACAGUGUAUGGAGGAGUCAGCCACAAAAAUGUGACCCCCCAUCCAAAGCUUCUCUGGUGUCACAUAGACUUUAUGCAGUAUUGUCCAAGAAAAACAUGGAAUCCACUACUCCCAGUACAAAAUAAUUGCUCCCAAGAGACGAGAUACCAAAGUGCAAGAUAUUAAAAAAUGUUUGAAAUUGAGGUAAAAAUUCUUGACUUUAAGAUCAUUGCCAGGAAGAUUCGACUCCAAUAAGAUCAUCAAAAUGUCUUCAGAAAAAUGGCUGACCUUCUAAGAGAGUGAGACCAACCCUCUCCAAACCCAACUCUCCACAGUCUUGGUGAGCCGGGGGAGGGCGGAUACCAAGCACUCCCCCGGUGAAGACGACGUGUGGCACAUGAAGCCUUCCCGCUCCUCCCUCGCCAAUCAGAGGAGCCUGCGGUACAUCCUAAACUAGAAGACAAGGGUGUUCAAUUCUUCCGCUUCCUCUCCUCCCCUUUUACUCCCUUCCCUCCCGUAUGAAAAUUUUUUGAUGUUUAAAAACGUCUCAGUUGAAAAAAAAAUGUGAAUUGCAAAAAAAACAAAAAAAAAAACAAAAAAAAGUUGUUUUAAGGUUGAAAAAUAUACAAAAAAUGAAAAAAAUUCUGAAAAAAAACUGCUUGCAUGUUACAAAAAUGUGAAAAAAAAUUACAGCAGAAACCGUGAAAAAGAGAAGAAAAAAAUAAUCUGAAUUCUCGGUUUAAAAAAAAGUGUGUCGUCUUUAUUUGUUUUUGUUUGUUGUUUUUUUGUGUUUUUUUAUUGUGCUGCUGGAAAAAAGAACAAAAAAAAAAACCAUCAGAAAAAUCCCCUCACCCUAAUGUGUUUUUGUGAAGUAAACAGUCAUGUCUCUUUG